AUGGCGCGUCAUCCAGAAUUUACCCAACUUGAGGCUUCAAGACCUCCUUUUGAUGCUGAAAAAUCUUGGACAUUUACACAAGUACCUGACAUUCACUGGAAAGUUGGAACAGGUGCCAAUAAUGACGAGUGGAAAAAGCACAAAAAGGUUGAAUUGAACCCAUACGAAGAAGGGAGACCAGCUGUCAACAACUACAAGACUUUGAUCAGUGCCAUUACGCCUAGACCAAUCGGAUUUGUUUCCUCCAUAUCUAAAAAUGGAAAACGUAAUCUUGCCCCAUUUUCAUACUUUAACAUGGCCAAUCAUGACCCUCCAAUUUUUACUUUAGGUUUUGCUGCUGUUGGUGAUAACAAGAAAGACAGUUGCAACAACAUUUUGGAGACUGGUGAAUUCACCAUCAACAUUAUCAGCGAAUGGUUUGUGGAAGCUGCUAAUUAUUGUGCUAUCAAUAGUCCACCGGGAGUUGACGAAUGGAAAUUGUCCGGGUUGACUCCAGUUGAGUCCAAAUUGGUUAAACCACCACAUGUUGCCGAGUCAGCAUUUUCGAUUGAAGCCAAGCUUGUUGCUCAUCACGUUUGGAAAUCCAAAACUGAUCCAACCAGAGAUACUGGGGUGUUGGUUAUUGCUGAAGGAUUGACUUUCCAUGUAAGAGAGGACGUCAUUAAUGAAGAAAAGACGCAAUUGGAUGUUUCCAAGUUGAAACCAGUCAGUAGAUUGGGAGGUAUUACUUAUGGUAGAACUGUUGAGGGAUACGAGAAACCAAGACCUAAUUACGCAGUUGAAAUUGAAAAACCCGAAGUCAAGGAAUUGUUAGAAGGGCAGAGAGAUAGUAGUUUAUAG